AUGCAUUUCAUACCUACUCCCCCAGGAAGCUUGGUAGAGCGCGCUGCUAUGCACGCUAGGCAAGCAGCAGAAGGCACAUAUAACCGCUCUGUAUCUUCAUUUCAAAAUGAGAAAGUGGGUCAGAAAUCUGCAUUCGCAAAAUCUCUCUCGAGUCUUGAUGGUAGCAGAGAAGAAUUGGUUCCACCCGUCCGAAAUCGAACUCGGGAGGGUUUUAUUGGCAGCAGCAGUGAGAAUCUUCAGAAUCUUGUGGCUGACUGGGCCCAAUACAUGGGAUCAAAUCCAAACGAUUUCCGCACCGCAUCUUCGGCCUCAUUAGCUGCACAAAAUUCGGGCAUUAUGAUUUCGAAAAGACGACAACCAACAGGCUCCCCUGAAACACACUCCGAGGCUAGGGUGCCGCAUCUUGGUGAUUUGGAUCUUUCUCACAGACUUGCGGGAACGAGCAUGAUGUCGACACCACCAUCGAACAACCCAUCUAUGUUGGACUUACCCCGUCCGAACAGGUAUGGAGUACAAAUGGCAUCUCAGGAGAACCUCCAGUCUUGUGAGAGAUCUGGAUCGUCGACAAUGAUGGGCAGCGAGCCCCAAAAGCAAGAUGUACGCCACCAACGAGAUGCAUCCUCUUUCUAUUCGGGCCAAAGCAGUAAUCCUUCAGGGUGCGCAUCUCCAGCUGUCCAAUCAGUGAGAGUUCAUGCCGCAAAUGCAAUGGGAACUUUACCGAAUAUUCAUACACAAAUGGUAGAGAGGUCUGCGUUGGAACAGAACGGAACAGAAUCAAGCGCGGAGGUUCUCAAGAGCAAGUUUGUUGAACAGCUCGAAUGGGGGAAUUCCCGACCCGCCCAGGUUUAUGGCAUGCCCAAUGGAGCUGAGAGUGUGGGCUCACAACGCAAAGUUAGUCCCGGGUGGAUGACAGGAGGCCGGCGAGUGGGCUACGGUUAUACUCUGGUGGACAAUGAUGACGAUCACUCACCCACAGCUGGAGUUAGCGGUAGUCCAGCCCGGAGUAACAGGCACACAGAUAAUCCGGGCCCUACAUCCAAUGGCGUAAAUGGACAUAAGUUGAAUACACCGGCCACGCGCCGGACUGACGUUGUACCAGCGACCCAGCCUGUUACCCCUGACCAAGUUUUGAAGGGAUAUAACAGCCGAGGCCCUCCGAUGGCCACAAUUCCUGUCGAUACCAGGGGUGGGCCUAUCCUGACACCAGCAAUGUGGGCCAAAAUGAAGAGCCAUUCAAUCCGACGCAAUGGCCAUGCACCGCUAGUAGUUGAUCUGGCGAGCGAAGGAAGAAGUGUAGGCCAAGAACGCCUUGCAGACUCAGAUCAUGCGCAGCAAAAUCGAUCACCGACCUCUCCGAAAGUCGAUUAUGUCGAAGACACAAACCACAAUUCUUCGGUUGGAUGGGCAAUAGCCAGCCGAUCGACAAGCAAGCGGGCUCCGCCAACCAAAUAUCUCGAUUCAACACACAUACGCGAUACAUUCACUCCAGAGACAUCACCACGGGAUGCGCGCCGCAUUUCAAUGGAUCAAACAAACCGUCCGCCUUCCGUGUACUUUGAUCCAUCGAACAACAGAAGUGCAGACAAGAUUAACGGAGAACCUUCUCGAUCUCGGAGUGGACGUUGGGUUCUGAGAUUCUCCAGAAACAGAGAAAGCAAGAAACGGUCGAAUAUUCGCCCAAAAGAACCAUCGCAGGAAUGGGCAGCACAAUAUCAAGAGCAUUUGGUGAGCAGCCUCCAACGCGCAGAUUCUACCAGAAGUAAUGCGGCAGAGGAGCUGGCAAGUGCGUAUCAAGAUUGCAUUCAAAUGCCUGGGGCUUUUUACGGCAGCCGAUGGGCUAGUCGAACAAGUCUGGUCGUGGAGGCCGAGUGA